AUGGCUGUUGAAAAGCACGAGACUGAGGCUGGCGCGUCAAGACCGGUGUCGGCGAAACCCUCCAGCUUGACUCUGGCCGGCGCGACGAUGGCGGACGCGGGCGAUGCGGAGAACCAGGGGCAGCGCAUGUCCCAGCGGGAGUACUACAAGAACUACCUCAUGACGAAUGUCAAGGGCGAGUGGGCGACCGCGCCGUUGGUUGCGUUUUGUUUCAUGACCGGGUUCAUUGAUGCCGUCGGAUUCACAGCCGUCUUCGUCUGGCCAGGAUUCCAGACGGGCAACUCAGUCCAGCUCGCCCUCGCCCUCGCGCGCCUCUUCUCGCCCGGCAACACCGACUACUCCUUCCGGCCACCCGACCGCGCCGCGCUCGUCUCCCUCCUCACCUUCGUCUUCGGCGCCUUCCUCGGCCGCAUCGGCGACCGCAUGGGGCCCAAGACGCGGCUGUGGCUCUUCCUCGGGACGAUGAUCCAAGCCCUGUUCACGAUGGCCGCCGCCGUGUGCGUGUGGCAGAGCGGCGACCCGAGCGUGGCGGACGAACGCGGCGACCCGGCGUGGACCGCCCCGCUGACGUACGUCGCGCUCGGCUUCAUGAGCGCGAGCUUGGGCCUGCAGGGGAUCAUGGGCAAGCGGGUGAACGGGCAGUUUGCCACCACGAUCGUGCUCACGACGAUCUGGUGCGAGCUCAUGGCGGACCCGAAGCUGUUCAGCUUCAAGAGCUGGGUCGUCUCGCGCGACCACAAGAUCGUGGCCAUCCUGUGCCUCUUCUUCGGCGGCUUCUGCGGGCGCGCGAUCAUCGACUCGAUCGGCUCCGCGGGCGCGCUCGGCGUGGGCACGGGCAUCCGGGUCGUCAUCGCCGUCGGGUGGCUCUUCGUCACCGAGAAGAAGAACUCGGCGAAGCCGGGGGUGGGGAAGAAGUGAUUGGGCUUGAGCUUGGGGUGCACAUGGGGAUUUGGGGGAAUACGAUACGACGAUAAUGCUUCUUGGUUUCCACUACUUAUUAUCUUCGUUAACGAAUAGAAUGACUGGAAUAGAUUGUAUCCGACAUCAAGAGUAUCUGACGACCUG